GUUGGUGCAGUACAAAAUCAAAGCAUAACCACGGUACAGAAACUACCAGAUAAACCACGAAGCUAACAACCAAAACAAAACGACAACGUUCUGAUUUGGAGCUUCAAGGUAAGACUGCACAUUUCCUCCUAACCCUAGUUUCCAAUUUUUCUUCAUCAUUCAAACCGUAAUUAAUUACCACAAUUUGAUUUGUUUCCCUCGAUUCUAUGAGUACAAAUCUGAAAUCUAUCUAAAAUUGAAUUUUCUUUAAUUUGAUUCUUGAGCAAAGUUAGGUUUUUGAGGUUACUUUGAUCCGAGUCUCUUGAAUUUGGUAAGAUUUGGGUUCGGUUUUCCCAUUUUGAAUUGAAGUCUUGGUUUUUAAAGAAAACCCAGAAUUUGUUUAGGCAUCAAUGGAGCUGUAGUGUAUGUUUUGUCAGUUUCUAUUGUAAUUUCAGUAUAGAGUUGUUCAGAUAGUUGAGCUUCAAUUAGAACAUUAGAUAGGUAGGGAACAUUUUAGAGUGAGAAGGUAAAGGUGGUGUUGUUACAGAUGGGGAAGCCAUUAAUUUACGAGAUUGUCGAAAAACCGGCUACUAGUUGUAUAAUAGGGAUAUGCAGUGCCAUUUGGUUUUAUAUUCAGAAGAAAAACAUCGGGUACUCACAUGUGGGGAUAAGCUAUGAAACUGCCGUUGAAGGGCAUUAUUGGAGGAUAAUUACUUCAGCUUUUUCGCAUAUUAGUGUUCUUCAUCUUAUUUUCAAUAUGAGUGCUUUGUGGAGUCUUGGGGUAGUAGAACAGUUGGGACACAUGGGCCUUGGUGCUGCGUAUUAUCUUCAUUACACGCUUGUGCUAGUCGUUUUAUCUGGGUUGUUGGUAUUGGGAAUGUACCAUAUAUUGAUACAGAGGUUCAAAGUGGACUACUUUCGGAGAGUGACUGCUGUUGGCUAUUCUUGUGUUGUUUUUGGGUGGAUGACAAUACUUUCGGUGAAGCAACCUUCCUCAAAGUUGAAUCUUUUUGGAUUACUUUCGCUUCCCAUCAGUUUUGCACCUUUUGAGUCAUUGAUCUUUACGUCGAUUAUAGUCCCACAAGCAAGUUUCCUCGGUCAUUUAUCAGGCAUUAUUAUUGGGUAUGCUAUUGCAUGGAAUCUGAUUCAUGGGAUGAACAAUUUCUGGGCAAUCUCCAUGUUGGGAUGGAUUCUGCUCAUCUUUGUCUUCAGUUUAAAGCGCUCUGGUGCCUAUGAUUUUAACUUUCUUGAAAUUGAAUCUGUUAGUGAUCCUUCAUUGCCUUCUGUGCGAUUUCUUGGGAAUGGCAGAACCUUGCAGAUGAGUGCAUCACCACUUACAGGUGUUGAAGUUGUUUAAUGUAAGAUAUAUUUUAUUUCUUAAAACAGGCUUAACAUUCUCUAGGUGCAUUGCCAAUUAUUUCUUAAAGUGCAUUGCUAAAACUGUUUGUGAGGUUAUCAGCCAUGACCAUACCCCUGUAGUUGGUAAGUUACAUGUCUGGUGUGUUCUUUAUUUCCCUUUGCUAA